ACUGGAGUGAAACUUUUAUUGAUGUAGUUCUAACCUCCAAACAAUUUUCAGAAUUUUCGCUUGGUUCGAGUUCGAAAAAGAAAUUGAAUUUGAUUAUGUUUCAAUUCGAGAAGAUACCGAAAGUUUAGUCCUUUUGAGAUUUUUUUUUUUUAAAUUGUUUUUUUUUUUAAAAUAUUCGGACAAGAAGUAAACUCUGUGGUAACUUUUUUUUAAAAAAAAAGGAGUUUUGGAAGCAUGUCGGCGAAGGUGGAAGGAUUCUUUCCGUAGUAGAUAGGCCACAGGUGGUUUCAAUCGAACGAGCGGAAUAUCCGAAAAACCCCUUCUCAGCAUUGUUUGUCGUCAAUUCCUUUUCUCAGUCAUCUAUCAAUGGCUUCCCUCCAGAUCAGCGGCGGCUCGGUUAGGUUCGUGGCGGGAUUCAACCGGACCGGCUGCAUCCGUCCGAUCUGUAGCCUCGGUUUCCCUCGUUCCCGGCGGAGAAUCAGCAUCGGACGGCCCUUGUUGCUCCGCUGUUCCACCUUGUCUGGAGAGUCUGAAACUGAUGAGAUCACUGACUCUGACAGAGAUGGCUCCGGCGCUUCCUCUGCCUCUCUUCUCGGCUUUCAGCUCGCUCCUCCUGGUGAUCAACAGAUCAUCAGCACUAACACAACAAAAGAAGCUACACAUCAAGAAGAGAACACAGACGCUACUGAUGAAUCCGAGAUGGCUGACUUUGGUGUACCUGGCAACAGAGCUGUUGAAGAAGGAGCUGCAGAAAUCGAAUACACGACCGUCAAAGCCGAAGUGAUCAACAACCUCGUUUUCGUUACUUCCGAAGCUGCUCCUUACUCCAAGACAGGAGGUCUAGGAGAUGUCUGUGGCUCUUUGCCGAUAGCUCUAGCUGGACGUGGGCACCGUGUCAUGGUCAUCUCUCCUCGCUACCUGAACGGAACCUCUGCUGACAAAAACUACUCCCGGGCUAAGGACUUGGGGGUCCGUGUCACCGUUCAUUGCUUUGGCGGCUCUCAAGAAGUUUCCUUCUAUCAUGAGUAUAGAGACGGUGUUGAUUGGGUUUUUAUUGAUCAUCAGUCUUACCAUAGACCUGGUAAUCCUUACGGAGAUAGUAAAGGAGCCUUUGGUGAUAAUCAGUUUCGGUUCACUUUACUAUGCCAUGCGGCGUGUGAGGCUCCUCUCGUGCUGCCUCUUGGAGGGUUCACUUAUGGAGAGAAGUCUCUCUUCCUUGUCAAUGACUGGCAUGCCGGACUUGUUCCCAUACUCUUGGCUGCAAAGUAUCGCCCAUACGGAGUUUAUAAAGAUGCAAGAAGCAUCCUGAUCAUCCAUAACCUCGCUCAUCAGGGAGUGGAGCCAGCAGCUAGUUACAGCAACUUGGGAUUGCCUUCUGAAUGGUAUGGAGCGGUGGGGUGGGUGUUUCCAACAUGGGCGAGAACACAUGCUCUAGACACCGGUGAAGCGGUUAAUGUUCUCAAGGGUGCUAUUGUAACCUCUGACCGUAUCAUUACCGUGAGCCAGGGAUAUGCAUGGGAAAUCACUACUGUUGAAGGUGGAUAUGGUCUUCAAGAUUUGCUUUCUAGUCGGAAGAGUGUUAUUAAUGGGAUCACUAAUGGAAUCAAUAUUGAUGAGUGGGAUCCGUCCAAGGAUGAACACAUUCCUUUCCAUUACUCUCUUGAUGAUUACUCCAACAAGGUCAAAUGCAAGAUGGCACUACAAAAGGAGCUGGGUCUCCCCAUCAGGCCUGAAUGUCCUAUGAUUGGGUUUAUAGGAAGACUUGAUUACCAGAAGGGCAUUGAUCUGAUCCAAACUGCUGGUCCUGAUCUCAUGGUGGAUGACAUUCAAUUCGUCAUGCUUGGUUCAGGUGACCCUAAAUGUGAAAGCUGGAUGAGAAGUAUGGAGGAAACAUACAGGGACAAGUUUCGUGGUUGGGUUGGGUUUAAUGUUCCCAUCUCUCAUCGCAUCACGGCCGGAUGUGACAUUCUUCUGAUGCCAUCAAGAUUCGAACCAUGUGGUUUAAAUCAGUUAUAUGCAAUGAGAUAUGGAACCAUUCCAGUCGUUCAUGCCACCGGAGGACUCAGAGAUACGGUUGAGAAUUUUAAUCCUUAUGCAGAAGGUGGAGCUGGUGCUGGUACAGGGUGGGUUUUCUCACCAUUGUCAAAAGAUAGCAUGGUGUCGGCAUUGAGGUUGUCUGCAGCAACGUACAGAGAGUAUAAAGAGUCAUGGGAAGGGUUGAUGAGAAGAGGAAUGAGCAGAAACUAUUCUUGGGAAAACGCUGCCGUUCAGUACGAGCAAGUGUUCCAGUGGGUGUUCAUGGACCGUCCCUACAUCAACUAGAUCCAACCAAUAAUAUCCGAACCAAACAAGAGUUGGACCGGAUCAGACCAGACCAAUCCCAAAAUCUAUGGUGAUCAUUUGCACAAUGAACCAUGUAUCUAUGUUAUAUAUAAAUUAUAAUCUAUGAUUAUUUUUUUGGGGAAGGUAUAGGAUUUUAGUUGUGAUGAGGCAAUACUUUGGUUCAUUUCUCUGUUUAUGGGAAUAAUGCUUUUCUUUGAGUUUGAUAUCUAUUGACUAUUUAAUUAAA